AUGCUAGUCUCCAGGUUUAUAGAGUCGUUGGUUGGUAACAACCAAUGCUUCGAUAGCUAUUCCCUUUCGCUCAAUCUAGAUUGCGCAGAAGGUGUUCGAGCUCUCGAUUGGCGAGGGACACAAAGGAGCGAGUUCAAAGUUCACAAGUAUCUCUCACUUGUUUGGUAUAUUCUCAGCUCAAGUACAGAUCACAGCUUUUCAGGUUUACUAUCCUAUAUGUAUACUUCACAACCACUGGUUCUAAUUGGGCUUUGCAUCAGCUGCCUGUGUGGUGGUGAAUUCCACUUCGCGUUAUACACAAACAUUCAAGUACCAACAAGCCUUCCAUCCACCGCCCUUUCCUUCAUCGCACUUAAGCAUCAUGGCUUUUACCUUCGCCGUCGCUUUGCACAGCGGAGGAUUGCAGACGAGAAAGAUAACAGGACUAUGAGUCCUCUGGACACUCGCUUUGAUUGCAGUAACUGCCUUGAAAGAAUCCAAGCAUUCCUGUUAAUAACAGACAUGCCUGAGGCAACUCAGGACAGAAAUUUGCACCCAACCUGCUCUAUCCUAAUUAUGUUCAAUGUUGGGUUAAAACACGUUGUAAACAGACUCACUAACCCUCUUAAACUUCAUGCAGUUCCAUGUCGUAAUCGCCUUCUCGGCCCAAACAAUCGCCCGAUCCCAAUCCACCGGAUUGGAGUUAUAUCACCACACAGUAAUCGUUUGAAAUCUCAAACCCAGAAGCGAAAUUACGCCUCUCCGCCAAAAUGUGGCCAAAGGGUUCCAACCGAGAGGCCAAAACCUAAACAAUUCGCUUCUAAAAUUAUUCGCUACGAUUCAUUCCGCAUGAAUUCUGGCCAGUUCGGCAUGCCGUUUCCAUGGUCGACCUCGGACCCUAAUCCCGCCACGCGACAGCCAAACUCAUGCGUUUCCGUUGAAAGUUUAUGA